AAAAACACAAAACUGUAUAUUUGGAGAAAACUGCAGAUGUGAAAAUGCUCUAUCUUCAUAUCACCCUCGUGCUAAUUUUGUACUGCACAGCAUUUUCAUCACAAACAACACAAGCUACAUACUGGACUACAGAAGUGCCACGUCCACAGCUUAGUUCCUGUCCUAUACAGAUAGAGUCUUUGUCUGUUACAUUCUUGGUGGACACAACUGGUUCCAUGUCUGAUGACCUUCAGCAGCUCAAGUUGGUCAGUGACUGGCUUAUGAAUCAAGUUGAGAAACGGUUGCCAUGUGGUGCUCGACAGUAUAUCAUGGUGGAGUUCAACGAUCCAGAUGUAGGCCCCAUCCGCACAACUACAUCAAAAGAUCAGUUUGCUUAUUAUUUCAGAUCACUUAAUGCCUGGGGUGGAGGCGAUUGCCCAGAACUGGCUAUUCUUGGUCUUAAACUGGCCUUGGAGAGCUCACCAUUUGGUUCCAUCAUACUGGUCCUGACCGAUGCAUCUGCAAAAGAUUAUAAUAACGAGAAUCUCCUAAAUGAAGUUUAUGCCUUACUGGAUGAGAAGAAACCCCAGAUAUUUUUCCUCAUUACAGGACUUUGCUCUGGUAUCAAUGAUCCAGACUUUUUAAUAUACAGGGAUAUAACAGAAAGAAGUUUUGGAAAUGUGUUUCAAAUAAGUAUUGAUGACAUUGGCAAAGUUGCCACAUACUUGGAGUUUGCUCUUGCAACACCUGCCAACAGCACCUCUUAUAUUCUGUCUAGAAAUUAUAACAGUUAUGGGUACCAUUCUGACUCUUUUCACGUUGACCAAUAUUACAGUUCCUUGUUGUUAACAGCGUCUGGUACAUUUUAUGAUAUCGGAAUUACAGGCCCUAAUGCUUUGAACACAUCUUCCAAUAUAACAUUGGGAACUGACACCUUUAACAAAGUGACACAAGAAUUCCAUCACGUAGUUACAAGAGAGCCAACUUUUCCGAUUAUACACACUUCUAAAGGCUUAAAUGUUUAUAACUACACUGAAGUUGACAUCAAUGAAGAUUUUUGUUCCUUAUUCAGCAAAGGGAUGAAAUUUAUUCCAACGGCUCGAUUCAACAUUAUAGAUACCAUUAAGGAAAUUAAAUUUUUUUGUCGUAGACUAAAUUUGGCCUUACAGUUUAACGACAAGAAUAGUGACCAGGAUAGACACAACAAUACUCAUAAAUUGAAGAAAAAAAGUGCAUUUAUUCCCAGUUACCACCCCACGGUUGCUCAAUAUGAAAAAAUUGUAACCAAGGAUAUGUACUGGUUAAAUUAUCAUAUUAAAGCCAAAAAAGAUUAUGUGCAUUUAUAUAAAGAUAAUCUUACUUUUAAAGAGAGGGAAUGUUUGAACAAUAUCAUUGACAACCGUGACAUUAGGAUCAUGAAGCCAGACAAAGGAGGUGAGAUUGUACUGUUUAACACGAUUGAUUAUAAUCAAGAAAUUUACAACAUCCUCCAUCAUACUGGGAAUUAUGAGGAAGUGUCCCUCAACCAGGUAAACAUUGGUUACAAAUGUAGAGACCUAGCUAUUGAGGAAUAUUUAUUGGACAAUAGGAUAACAAAUGACACCUACGAAUUUAUUAGAGAAGAACUUCCUAGGAUGGCCACUAUCUUCGGGAUCCCCAAGAUACAUAAGAAUCUUGAGAAGCCCCCUUUUAGGCCGAUUAUUUCAGGCUCCAAGUCCAAAACUUUUAAUAUAGGGGUCACCAUUGAUGCUUGGACAAAACAUAUUUAUGAAAAUGUGAGCCACUUGACUAAGGAUUCUUGGAACUUUCUGGGGAACCUGACUCCUUUAAUAUGGCAAAAGGAUUUGACAUUCUUAACAGUAGAUGUGGUCGACCUUUUUUCUAGCAUCCCCGGAGAGAUUGGUCUAGAAUAUUUCUUUAAUAGUUUAAGGAAGUUUUCAGCUUUGAGUUGGGACAAAAUUAACCUCACAGUGGACAUGAUGGGAUUGGUUUUGGACUAUAAUUACCUCCAGUUCCAGGGGGAACUGUUCAGACAGAGCAAUGGGGUUGCAAUGGGGGCCUCUUGCGCCCCAGUGUUUGCCAAUCUCGUCAUGUUAGAAUGGGAAUCUCAGUAUGUCUUUCCUAGUGAGUAUUACAAGUACAUGGUAUAUUACACCAGAUACCUUGACGAUUUAUUCAUCCUUUGGAAUGGACCUGUUGAUUUGAUUAGUAGUUUCAUAGACUAUUUGACUAACACGACAAGUUUCUUGAAAUUCACUUAUAAGUUUGAGCCUAAAGGCAUUUCUUACUUAGACACCUUCGUCAACAUCAAUGAUAAGGAAUUUGAGUCCAGGAUUUAUAGAAAAGAUACCUUUUCCAACGAUUAUUUAUUCUAUGGUAGUUGUCACCCGCCACACAUCUUUAAAAGUGUGUUUAAGGGCCAAUGUAUACGAGCGGCACGCAUGUCAUCAAAUAAAGACAUUAUGGAAAAUGAACUGAAUGUUAUAUACAACAUGUUCAUUAAUAGAGGAUAUCCGGAGGCUAUGCUUACCCCUAUAAUCACAUAUGUCAAGAAGGAAUGGUGUCACAAAUACCCACCCUUGUUAGGAAAACCAUUUAUGCAAACUAAAAAAGAUGAACACAAUAAUAGAAAUGUUUGUGUACUCAUGUUUAGCCCCUACACGGAUUUUAUUAAAGACAUACUUACCAAACAUUGGAACCUUAUAACUACAUCUGAUGAGGUUAGUGAUAUAGCUGACCCACUACCUAAGUUUGUUUUUAAGACUUCUAAUAAUAUUAAAAACAUGUUGGAAAGUACCAAAGACAAGAUGAAGGGUGGAAAAAGAUUUUCAUCAACAACAAAGUGUGGUACAUGUAAUCAAUGCAGAAACAUUAACAAUGCCAAGGUCAUAAGGUUAAAUAAUAUUGUUAACACCUACUUACAUAGUAUGGCAGGGAACUGCAAUACUCCUAGAGUAGUUUAUGUAGCUACAUGUACUUCAUGUGACGCAUACUACAUCGACACGUGUUCAGCUUGUCACAUUAAUGCAACAUGUGAAACAUAUGGUGAUAUUCCAGAAUGCAUUUGCAAAGAUGGAUUCAUUGGAGAUGGCUUCAGUUGUUCUGACAUUGAUGAAUGUGCCCAAUCCUGGACUCACAGCUGUGGUUCUGAUGUCUGUGUAAACACAUUUGGUUCCUACACUUGCAGAUGUGCUGUGGGAUACAUUGAAGAUACACCAGAAAGUGGCUGCAGAGAUAUUAAUGAAUGUGCUUAUCCUGAACUGAAUCUCUGUCAUCCAUCUGCAACAUGCAUUAACUAUAUCGGAGGUUAUUAUUGUACCUGUCCUUAUGGCUCAUAUGGAGAUGGAUUUCACUGUUACGUAAAUGACUGCCUCUUGAGUACAACCUGCAGUUCAGAUAUGGAGUGCGUUAACACACCUGAAUAUUACUACUGUUCUGAUCCCUGUGAUAAUCACACAGUCCUUAAUGAGAAUUGGAGGAGUACAAGUGUGUCUUACUUCACAUCUUGGUAUGCCAACUGUGAUAGUGCAAAAAGUGGCUGGUUCAGAUUUGUAGGCACAGGUGGUGUGCAGAUGCCUGAAUACUGUGUUCCAGAAUAUAGCUGUAGUACCACUGCACCAAUGUGGUUAAAUGGGCAGCAUCCUUCAGUAAGUGAUGGGAUAGUCACUCGCACUGCCUGUGCUCAUUGGGCCGGUUUCUGCUGCUUUUGGUCCACCACUAUAAAUGUGAAAGCCUGCCCUGGUGGAUACUAUGUUUACAAACUGUAUGGGACUCCAGCCUGCAAUCUAGCAUAUUGUACAGAUCCUAGUAUAGUGAUGAAUGACUGCAGUUCUCUGGCCUGUGCCGAAGAUGAGGAAUGCAAAGAAGUGAAUGGAACCCUGGGCUGCUAUUGUAAAAAGGAAUAUGAAUCUAGUAUGUAUUAUGAUUUCAGAAAGCUGCAGCCAACUCUAACCUGCAGCACAUCACAAAUGAAAGUAUUGCUAAAUAAAUGCCAGCUAGACGCAAUGGGAUAUGACAUUUCAAGAAUCACUCUGAAAGAUGAAAUAUGCAUGGGAGCCGUAGAAGUGUACAACAAAAGCUACAUUUCCCUGACCACCUACGCCAGGAAAGGAUACUGUGGAACACAAUUAACUCAAAAUAAAACACAUGUGACUUACUCCAACACAAUUUAUUUGCCACCAAAAUCUAUGGGGAUAAUUAUCAGAGAAAAGGAAACCUACAUCAACUACCACUGCACAUAUCCUCUGGACAUGAGGGUUAGUCUGGACCUAGCGCUUAAUCCUUUCAUAAGCUCUGUUAAUAUCAGCAUUGGAGGGACUGCAACAUAUUCUGCGAAAAUGGCUUUGUACCAAAAUCCUGACUUCACUGGGCCAUAUGAAGGGGACAGAAUUAUACUUCCUGUAGAGACCAUACUGUAUGUUGGCGUUAUGGUGGAAGAUGCUGAUGGAUAUCAGUUUGCUGUAGUGUUGUAUAACUGCUAUGCAACCCCUACAAGAAAUCCCCUGGAUUCUUUGAAAUACUAUAUUAUUAAAGAGAGCUGUCCAAAUAAGCAAGACAGUACUAUAGCUGUUGUGGAAAAUGGAUUAUCCCUGCAAGGAAGGUUCUCUGUGCAAAUGUUUAAGUUUGUUGGGAAUUAUCCAGAAGUUUACCUACACUGUGAAAUAAGCCUCUGUGAUAUAACUGUUGGAUCAUGUGUGCCGGUUUGCUCUGGCAUGAGAUCUUCAAACCCUGAAAACAGCAACAAUAAUGUGACUAUCUCAAUAGGACCAAUUCGGAAACGUCAACUUUCUACUGAAGGUAGUGUCUGA